AUGUCCGAGCUCCAAGAAAUCGGCACCGCGCCUCGAGAUUUGCGAGACCUGAAAGAUGUGAUUGAGUACAACCAAGCUAUCUCAAAUACCGUUAAACAAGGGCCAGCUCAAUGGAGAGUCGCUUCACAUUUGUUCAGCAAUUUGAUCCAUGGAGCCUUGCAAGCAUCCUUGGUCACGUACAAUGCGGCCAUCCAUGCUUGUGGGAAGUGGCCCAUGGCCUUGGCAUUGCUAGAGGAUCUGGAAAAACAUGAGAUGCAGGGCAAUCACAUUACAUAUGGGGCAGCCAUGAGUUCUUGUGAGAAGUCCGGAGAAUGGACCGUUGCGCUGGUAUUGCUUCAAGCGAUGAAGAACGUAGACCUGCAGCCCAACACAAUUGUAUUCAACUCAACACUCAGCGCAUGCGCAAAAGGUGAAGAAUGGGAGGUGCCACUUUGCCUUCUGGAAGCACUUCGAUUCGAAAGUUUGCAGUGCUCGCUGGUCACAUACAAUGCCGCGAUCAGUGCUAGCGCCAAAGGCAGCCAGUGGCAGCUAGCUUUGGCCUUCCUAUCACAAGUUGGUGGCAGCCGCAUCGAGCCUGACAUCAUUACCUACAACUCCACCAUGGCAGCAUGCGACGCGGCGGGGCGGUCGUAUUUGGCUAUUUGCCUCCUGCAGCAGAUCCAAGCACGAAAAGUGCAGGCAACAAUCAUUACAUACAACACGGCUAUCAGUGCCUGUGCCAAGAAUGGCUGGUGGCAAGAAGCCCUUGAGCUGCUGUGGGCGAUCAAUUCGCAAGAUUUGCAAGGCAAUGUGGUCACAUUCACAAGCGCCAUCAGCGCCUGUUCCCAAGAUGGUGAAUGGCAACAGGCACUCACUGCUCUACAAAUGAUGCUGCAGCUGCGGGUGCAAGCAAAUGUGUUUGCCUACAAUGCAGCCAUCAGCGCUUGUGGGGCUGAAUGGGAAAUGGCCGUGUGUUUGCUCGUGCAAUCGAGAAGGAUGAGGCAGUUUGGUGACAUUGUCACCUUCAGCGCACUGAUCAGUGCUUGUGGGAAAGCUGGAAGGUGGGAAGCAGCUUGGCAUUUCUUCUAUGAGAUACCCAAGAUCCGCUUGGAGCUGACCACGGUGGCCUGCAAUGCGAUGCUCGACGCUUUGUCCCGCGACGCCACGGGUGACGCCACGGGCGACACCGCUUGGGGCCGCGCGCUGGCGCUGUUGAAGGAGCUGCGGCGGAAGAAGCUGGUGGAUGUCAUCAGCUUCAAUUGCAGCAUCAGUGCAUGUGAAGUGGCGGCGAAAUGGGAGGAAGCUUUGCAACUUCUGGAGGACUUGCGCACAGAUGACCUAGAGGCCGAUGUGAUCUCUUUCAACGCCGCAAUCAGCACUUGUGCACAAAGUACACGAUGGCAAGAAGCCCUGCAUUUGCUUUGGAGCAUCCACACUUGUGGAGUCCGGGCCAAUGCUAUUACCUACAACGCUGCUGCCAACGCCUGUAAGAGCAAGGGUGAUUGGAAGCUUGCAUGUGUGCUUUUGGACAAGUUUCAUCACCGCACAUCGAUUGCAUGCAACUGUGUGCUUAGCGCCUGCGAGGAAAGAGCACAUUGGUCAAUGGCCUCCUCGCUAUUGUCCAAAAUGCAACAGCAAGCACUCGAGGUUUCAAUCGUGUCCUAUGGUGCCUGCAUCACUUGCGGAGCUUCUGCAGGGCUUUGGGUCUCAGCACUAAAGUUGCUACAGUCCGCCGAGGCCAAACUUGAGACGAACGCUGUGGCGUACAGUGCAGCAGUCUUUGCCUGCACCAAAGCCUGCAUCGAUCUGCAAAAAGAGCGCACGAUCCAAAGACGG